ACAGCAAACCCCACUACAACAGCAGCACCCCCCACUACAACCACGACAACAGCAGCAUCCACAACAGCAACGCCCACUACAACCACAACAACGGAAGCCAACAAAACAGCAGCCCUCACUAUAACCACCACAACAGCAGCACCCACUACAACCACCACAGCAGCAGGCACCACAACGGAAGCCCACACAACAGCACCCCCCACUACAGCUACCACAACAACAGCCAGAACAACAGCGGUCCUCACUACAACCACUACAACAGCAGACCCAACUACAACCACCACAACGGAAGUCACCACAACAGCAGCCACGACCACAGCACCCCCCACUGCAAACACAACAGCAGCCCUUACAACAGUAGCGCCUAAUACAACCACCACAACAGCAGCCCACUUUACAUCCUCCACAACAGCAGGCCCCACUACAAACACAACAACAGCAGCCACUACAACAGCACAACCCACAACAACC